AAAGAUACACCGCACUUCCAGAUAUUAAAAAAAUAACAGAAAUACAAACGAGAAAAAACUAAUCAACUAAGUUUAAAGACUAUUAUGUGGUGAAUGCGUAGCAAAUGAAUUCAGGAAGAUGUGGUGGACAAAGUGUGGUUUAUUGGGAUUAGUGCUUUUGGUGCACGUCGUGUGGAGUGCGCAAACCUCCGGUUAUCUGAACCGCCAGAGAACGAAUGUGCUAAAGGGAUUGAGAGGAUCUAGAUUUGAUGUGCCUUCGGUUAGGUUGAGGCAUCACGGUUCCUCAUCGCGUUAUCCUCAUUUGGAUGGUGUGUUAAGUAAAGUGAACAAAUUGGCCAACUCGAGGACCGCGACGACAACUUCCGCUCCAUUGAGGACAUCGAAGAACCGGAAACCAGUCGGAAGGAACAACGAUGAUCUGUACGAGACUUACGAUGAUUUUGAGUAUAUGGAUAGGAACGGAGAUGAGCUAGACAAGGAUGAUGAUGACUUCAUGCAUUCGGAGAGCGAGGAGAACGAAGACGAGCAAAAGUAUGGAGACGAGUUCGAGGAGGAGGCGGAGGACGAGGACGAGCGAAAGCACCAUCGUAAUUGGCAGGCGGAGGAAGCUACCGACGACCCGACGUCUCUAACGCAGAUGAAAUGGGACAGAUUUGGGACACGGGCGAAGGUUGAAGAAAGUAGAACGAACCAGAUGAACAACAGGCAGACUUCCUCGUUCUUAGGGGCGAGAGCUAAAACCUCUGAAGUGAUCGACCACAUCCGAAGGGUGAAUCUGGAGGCCAAGUGCAGCGUACCAAGGUUGAAGGUGGUCAACAUCCAGGAGGAACGGCCAAGUCCAGGCAAGACUUACCUACCGCAUUGCACCGUCCUUCAUCGAUGCUCAGACGACACCGGGUGCUGUUCGUUCGCUGAAACCAAGUGCCAGGCCAAGAAGCAGACUCUGGUCUACCUUUACUUUUACACUAGCAUGCUGGGCCAUCAGGGCAGCAAGGUGGAGAGGUUGGCCUUCUACAAUCACACCGAAUGCGGAUGCCAGAAGAUUGGUGCGACGCCGACGGACGUAAGUGCUCCCCCCGAAAAUCUUCGCAUGGGGAGGAACGGCGGUCUGAGUGUCCGAUCAGCCUCCAGUUUAUUCGAUGAUGGGUGUACCUGUCCCGAGGAAUUCCUUCCUAAACGAAGGUUUGGAAGCAAAUGCACUUGCGACUGCAUUACAUCCAAUUCCGGAUGCAUCAAUAUGAAGAAAGGCAGAGAACACUUCUCUUACAAAGAUAGAGUGUGUAUAUAUAACGAGAAGUGCGGAAUCCCCAACUGUGAGUAUGGUCCAUACAUUCACCAGAGAGGAAGGUGUCCAAAGAAGCAGGAAAAGUUGGAUGCGUACGCAAACGUGACGCGCAUCCAGAACUGAAGCCAGAUUUUAGAGUAAUUUUAAAUGUAAUUUAUAUUCUAUACCAGUGAUAUAUAAAUAUUUUAUAAAACAUUUCGAAAUAGUAUUGUUUCGCUUAAGGAAGAAUAUAUCUGUCGUAAAUCCUCUCCUCACCCCUCUCCCCCCAAUUACCCUUCAUUAGAAAUCUAUAAAAUCUUCGCGUUUUUAUUUUUUAUAUGAUUUUUUGUUUGUUUCUUUUAUUAUAUAUUUUCUCUUGUGUAUAAAUAAGUGAAGUAGAUUGUGCAGUGAUCGCAAAUAUUUAGAUCACUUUGUCCAACCCUAGUCUUAUAUUAUAUAUUAUUGUAAUGUGCUUUAGUAUUUUAACUUUUUUAUAUAUAUAUAAAUAGAAAGAAAAUAUGUGUAGUUCAAUCAACGUUAAAUUUAAUGUAACUUAUAGACAAAUGAAAGCUUUCAAUGUAACGAGUUAAAAUUCCCAUUUAUAACAAAAUAUUUCUGUCGAAACCAAUUUUAUGUGUAGGAAGAGAAGGAAGGAAUAUUAAAAUAAAUAAAACAAGUAUAUCUGACGUAAAA